CCUCCCCCUUGCAGUCGGCCUUUGAGUCAGAGGUGUCGGAGCUCAGUAUCAGCGAGAGCGAGAUAAAGCGGGCUCUCAGGGACCUGCGGGCCUGGAUGAAGGAUGAGAAGGUGCCCAGAAACCUGGCCACCCAGCUAGACUCGGCCUUCAUCCGGAAGGAGCCCUUCGGCCUCGUCCUCAUCAUCGCCCCCUGGAACUACCCCAUCAACCUGACGCUGGUGCCACUGGUGGGCGCCCUGGCUGCAGGGAACUGCGUGGUGCUCAAGCCCUCUGAGAUAACCAAGAGUGUGGAGAAGGUCCUGGCUGAGGAGCUGCCCCGGUACCUGGACCAGGUGAGCCGAGCCACAGAGCUGUGUGGGCCCUUUCGGCCUCAGGCUCCUUAG